AUCCUCCUCAAAUCUAUAAAACCGAGAGCCCAUUUUCGUGCUUUUCAAAUUUAUCAGGAUUCCUGAGUUAUUUUUGUUAAGUGUCAAAUAAAACAAGUGAAGAUGUCGUUGAUUCCAAGUUCAUUUUGUGGCAGACGAAGCAAUGUCUUCGAUCCAUUCUCACUCGAAAUAUGGGAUCCCUUUAAGAAUUUUCCACCCUCUUCUUCUUCUCUAUCGGGAUCUCUGUUUGCGAGGGGGAAUUCUGCUUACGUCAAUUCUCGCGUGGAUUGGAAGGAGACCCCAGAAGCCCACGUGAUCAAGGCGGAUCUCCCUGGGCUAAAGAAGGAGGAAGUGAAGGUUGAAGUUGAAGACGAUAGAGUACUUCAAAUAAGCGGGGAGAGGAAUGUGGAGAAGGAAGACAAGAACGACAAGUGGCAUAGGGUGGAGCGCAGCAGUGGCAAGUUCUUGAGGAGGUUCAGGCUGCCAGAGAACGCAAAGAUGGAUGAGAUUAAGGCUGCGAUGGAAAAUGGAGUUCUCACUGUUAUUGUUCCCAAAGCGGAGAUGAAGAAACCUGACGUUAAGGCGAUUGAAAUUUCCGAUUGAAGUUUUUAAGGGUCAUCAUCCGUAUCCAUGCGUUACUGAUCCUUUUUUAGUUAUUUUUUUCCUAAUAAUUAUGGCUUGUAAAAUAAAAUAUAGAGGUGGGAAGUGAUUGUACGAAGCGUUAGUAACCCUGUUUAAUCAUUCUAAGCUGCUAAUAUUUUGUGUACGAA